AUGGCAGGCGGUAAGGAAGUCUUCGUAGUCGUCGUGCUCUGCCAGCUGCUGGAUCGUUUCGAUUCCCCCCGAUUCGCAAACCCAGUCGUGCAGAGGUACAAGGACGAAGACGGCGAGAACUGGAGGAUGUGGUACCAUGGACGAGACCUGAACUUUGGGAACGAUGUCUUCAGCCAGCCGACGGGCCGGAUCGGCCUGGCUGAGUCGCCCGACGGCGUGCACUGGGAGCGAGUGGACGGGGACGAGGAUCUCGGAGCGGUCCUGACGCCGAACAAGGAGGAGUGGUGGGGGUUCGACACCUCGCACGUGGGGGUAGGGGAUGUGCAGGGCAUCAAGACAGACAAGAUCCGAGGGUCGGGAGAUCGGCAGGGGACCGUUCAGUUCAUGUAUUUCUUUGGAGGUGACCAGGAGGAGGUGGACGUUGGUGGUAUCGAGAUGGGAGGGCAGAAGAUCCCAGAGGGUGUGGCCGUCAAGGGUCUUCGCAUGAGGAUCGGGCUGUGCCUGAGCUUCGACGGCGUCCACUGGACGAGGCUGGAAGGAGAUCAUCACAGCGGAGCCGUGUUCGACGUCGGGCAGAAGGGGGAGUGGGACCACCUUUUCAAUGCAUGGCCGACGGUGGUGCAGCACUCCGACAACGACUUCCGCAUGUACUACAGCUCCUUCGACCCCCAGACCUCUAAGUACUCCAUCGGGCUCGCCCGCUCGACGGACGGGAUCAAGUGGAAGAAGGCGAGAGGAGCCGCGGAGGGGAUGGUGAUCAACGGAGGUGGAGGAGAUGCCUUUGAUGCCCGCGGCUGCGGCAGGAGGCAUGUGGUGGAGGAUCCGGAGACGGCUGGGUAUCUCAUGUUUGUCGAGGGUGUGGAUAUGGAUGGAAGGCAUAGCAUCGGCCUCUACAAGUCCUCGGAUGGACUCAAAUGGGAGCGAUCCUCCGACAAGCCGGUGUUACAAGGAUCGCAGGAGGAAGGUGCGUGGGAUGCUGAGAACGUCGGCUGCCCUUGGGUCGUCCCGAUGGAGGAUGGAUCCUGCAGGCUGUACUACUCCUCCUCUUCCAGGGAGUCCGGCAGUCACGGGAUUGGCAUGGCCCUCAGCGAUGGGAAGGACUGGACUCGCUUCACGCGAUUCGAUCCGAUAGCAAGUGCAUAAGCUUUACCAUGAAACAAGGAGAAAGG